AUGGAAGGAUAUGAUUCUAGAAAGCCUCCAAGUGUUCGUGUGACAGUCUUGGAAGACCCUAACAGCAGCCUUCAAGAACUUUUCAACCCUGUUUCUCAAAGGCAACAAGUUCCUUUGCAUCAGCGUAAGCUGCCAAAAUCCUUUUUCGUUCCACCUGGAGAUACAAGUGAAACUUCUCGAUUUUCCAAACUAAACUCUUUACAUUGCAAUGAAAGAAACUCCACAGAUUUUGUCGUGUUUCAUAGUAAAGCCAAUUCUUCUCCAGCUUGUCUGGAUGCUGCACUUAGAACACCAGUUUCAGUAAACGCAUCUAAUCAUAGUCAUCAAAAAAGUCUUGAUGUCGCAUCAAAAUAUGUGUCAGAAUUUAGUCCAGAUUUCAGCUUUUCGGAUUCUUGUAGUCCCAGUUUUUUACAAACACAGAGAGAUUCUCGACAGACUCCAUUAAUGUGCAGGCCUACUAUGACAUUCGCUAUAAGCGAACUUCCUGUUGGCUAUGACAUGGCAAUAAAUGAAAGCAAUCAGGUGUAUUUUCUGAAUCACCAGACGCAAGAAACCACAUGGUUCGACCCUAGGAUACCAGAAAAGUUUCAAAACUGGGGUAUGACGCCAGAAGAGCUCGAACAAGUGCAUAUACGCUACGCCAAGCAAUUCCUGUGUACAAAUCCACCAUCCAGUUUGAAUGUAUGUGUACAACAGGUUGAUCGAAUAUCUCCAUCCCUUGUAUCUAGUCCAACAGUAUGUGCUCCUGCUUCAUCACCAUCAGGUCAUAUGAAUAAAUGUCAAUCUGAAGUUCCAUCAUCAAUGGUUUCUUCAUCUAUUUCAUCGAAUACAUCAACAUCUGGACUUCCUUUACAUAAUCUAUCUUUGAAUUCAUCUUCUGCUUGUACAAAUGUUCAAAAUCGUUUAAGAUCAAAUAAAUCUGUAAAUAACAAUACCAAUAAUGGUAAUAAUAAUAAUAACAAUAAUAAUGGUAAUGGUAAUAAUAACCAGUCGGUUGGCAUUGCUCACCGGUCUCAUCCAAAUCAGUUGCCUUAUUCUCAUCAUCAACAUACACAUCAAGCACGUGAACAAUUGCAAUCAUCUACUGGUAUACAACAUCAACGGCAACAUUCACAAGGUCUUCCUGUACAAUCUCAACCAACAAGUCAAUCACUUGUAACUCAUUUUCGUUCAUGUAGUCAACCGGUUUCAAUGUCCAGUGGGCAAGAUUGUGGUUCCACUACUGGCCUUAUUCGAAAUACAAACUCAUCAAGUAUACCUACAAGUACUACAACAGCACCAGUAACCGGAUCUUUAGGUCAAACGCAGCUUCGACUUCCUGGCAGUUUAAGUGGUAUUCUAUCAUCUAGUUCUUCAUUAACAGGUUUAAAUGCCUCAAAUUCGAAUACUAGUCAACAGGGUUGCACUACCGGUUCUAUUAGUACUUCAUCUGGACAAUUAGUUCAGGGUCUUGAAUGUCUACGACUGAAUACAUCAGUUACUUCUAAGAAUGUGAUUAAUAAUUCCACACAAGUGCUACUUGAUCAACAACAGUUGCCUAAACCUCACAGAGUUCAACAGCCUCAAUUCAUUUUAUCCACAAAUUCUGGAAUAGUUUAUGGAUCAAAUAUUAAUCCUGCUGCAACACGAUUGGUAGGUACAGUGUUACCCGCUACACCUCAACCUGGUAAUCAACAUUCACAUCAAGGGAGCAUGGAUAGUGGAGUAGGCCAGUCAUUAACAGGUCAAUCAAAUCCUAGUGCUAAUCAAACUCCUGAGCAUACUGUUAUGCUUUUUUGUGACGCAAGCAUUGGUGGUACAUGUGGUACAGAGCAUAUGGAGGGAAUUGCUUAUCCGAAUGAG